AAUAUUUGAAAGUACUUUUAUUGAAUUCUACGGGUGAAAUUACCCCUCCGUACCAAAUUUAAUCGUACAAAUUUGUGAAUAAUGGGUUUUGGCGCACUUUGGGUUCAUUCUGGCCCACUGUGCGGCGGCGGCGUUGCCCUCCCAGGGUUUCCUUGCUUCGGGCUCGGAAGUCGAUAUGUGCAUUGAAAAGUAGCUCCUAGCUGCCUCGGGGGAUAGGGAUCUGAAGGAAUUUGGCAAUAACUCUGUGUACUGCAGAAUACACAUUUUCACUUUUCUUUUCCGGGACUCCAUACAACAGCAGAUUUUGUUUCCUAUCAUGUAGCUCUAACAGCAUCAGUUUCUCUUCUAUUUUUUUGUUUUAAUUCUCAAUAUGAUUCUCCCUAUGAAUCGAAUGGUUAGGAGACGAUAAGGAUAUAGGAUCAUAACCCACUUCCUCAUCUUAAACUCUUGAAACUCCUGCAUUUACCGAGACUAAAUGCACUAAUCAUGAACUGUGGACUCAUCAAUAGCACAAUCAAUCGUGUGGACAAAUGGAAACAACUAAAGUAAAUAUGACAUGUGCACUUCGCGGUACAUGGUUAACGUGUGUAGACUAUAUCGUACGAAGGUAAUGUAGAUUUGCCCGAGACUGGCUUACUUAUUUUGACACAAUCGCAGUGAAGGCAUUGGAUACAUAAAUAGGCCUACAUGUAUAUGGAAAUGGCGGGAAAAGAGCAAGAGGAAUCUGUGGACCAGUUUUCAGAUCGUCUGGGUCAAAUAAUUGAGAAUGGAUUGACAUCUCUAUCGAUUGCCUUCGGUGUUAAAUCAGGUCUCUUUGAUGUACUUGUAGAGAAUCAUCACACACCAAUGACGUCACAAGAAUUGGCUGAUGCUGCUAGUAUGAAAGAAAGGUAUGUCCGUGAAUGGCUUGGAGCGAUGGCAGGAGCUCGCAUCGUUCUUCUGGAUCCUGCCACUCAACGCUUCCACAUACCUGCUCAAAUCGUCGACGCCUUCAAGAAAUGGACCCCUCAGAAUCAGCUUGUCCUUGCUACCAAAGGCAUACCUUUCCUCAGUGAGGUCUUUAACGACAUGCUGGAAGUGGUUAAAAAGGAAGGACCGAUUGGUCUUCCAUUUUCCAAGGCCAAGUCGUUCACGGAGUUUGAAUGUGAUGUAUCAGGAUGGUUCUACAAGACACAACUCAUUCAGGUUUUCAUUCCAUCCAUUCCGACGCUUCAAACUAAACUAAGUGGGGGCAUUAAGAUGUUGGAUGUAGGAUGUGGUCGCGGUGUGGCUACUCGAAUCUUAGCCGGACAGUUCCCUCGCAGUCAAUUCGUUGGCAUUGACUUCGGCGAGGAUAACGUGAAGAUAGCACGCGAAUUUGCUAAGAAUGAGAACCUGACGAACGUCGAAUAUCACAACCUGGAUGCAGCGAAGCUUCCUGAAGAAUGGACAUGUACUUUCGACUACGUGUUCUUUUACAAUGUCCUCCAUGACUUGGCACGUCCAGAUUUGGUAUUGGAGGAAGUCAAAGGGGUGAUGACUUCGGAAGCUCUGAUGUCAGCUCUUGAAGUCAAUGCGAGCUCAGACAUGGCAGACAACAUCGACUCCCCAGGAGGCGCUGGGUUGUAUACUUACAGUCUGUUCCAUUGCCUACCCGUGUCCUGCCAUACACCAGGGAGUCUUGGACUAGGAACAGCAUGGGGAAAAGAAGCCGCAACUGAGUUCUUGAAGGAACAUGGCUUUAAGAUCGAAUCUAUCACCGAGUCACCAAAGCUACACUUUUUGUGCUCUCUUUCACCCAAGUGACUUAAAGCACGUGAUUUCGGAGAAUAUUAAAUGUGGCUUUGCAACCGCAUGCCUCGAUUAUCGAAUACCUUAACCCGCCGACUAGUGAUUACCAAAUUCUUUAUAGGUUUUGAACAUGAAAGUCUCGCUUCUAGCGGACAAAGAGCCAAAGGAAUCUUCGAUAAACAAAUAAAUAAAUGAAUAAGUGAAUAAUAAAUAAAUAACCGAGUCGAUUGAUUUACAUAUCCAAAUGUCUUGUAGAUAGGCCUACAGUCACCAGGAACAAUAUAAAUGCUGCUUUUCAGUAUAUCCAGAUAUUACGCGUCUGACAUCUCUGACGGAAGCAGAUAGGCAAUUUAGGAGUAGGGUGUCAAGAAUAUAAUUAUAAGCUGGUCAUUAGGCCGCUGUAUCAUAUCGUAUUUUCUCUCUUCAUUACACCUAAACGUUAGACCAACCCAUCAUUUCCUCCUUUCCAACGGUUGCUUUAACCAUGGUAAAAAGUCAAAAUCUUGAGUUGGUUCUACGUCAGAUGUUAGAAUUUAUAUGUUUCUGUCCAACAGGCCAACGUGCAUUUCGAUAUUCGCAUCCAUUAAGCUCAAGCCAUCGUUUAUCCGCUAUUAAAAACAUGCCACACUUUGAAAACUA